CGUUGUUCGUUAAAUCAUGAAAGUCUCAAUAUUGUUUCUUAAACUUUCUUCAACUUUGAAAAAUUGUUAUAAAGCUAUAUAGGGCGGAUGGUAACUAGGAGAUUAAACUCUCUCGUAUAUAAGGUGGUCUUGUUCGAUCGUUAAUCAAGACAUGAUUUGCAAUCUUAUUUUUCCUGUUAAUAAUAAUAAUAAUAAUAAUAAUAAUAAUAAUAAUAAUAAUAAUAAUAAUAAUAAUAAUAAUAAUAAUAAUAAUACAUAUAUAGGUAGAAAAGUUCAAGUUGAAGGGGAGCAUGAAGGUCUUGUUGAGAAUCAAAGCAGCUCUGCCUCAGCAGCAGCAGCAACUGCUGUUGAUCAAGUGAAAGGGAAGCGCCCUCAUGAGGAUCUUCCAACUUCUGCCUCAGCACGUGCUGCUUCUGCUUCUUCUGGUCACCACCCAUUUUCAUCAGUUUGCAUGUUGUCAGUGCCGGAUCCAGGAAUAUUUUCCACCAGGUACCAAAUCUCAAGUGGAAGGAGCCAAGCGCCCAUGUGUGGAGGCCAAUUAUACAGGUUAUAUCUUCAUUAACGAUGACUUUGAGGUUUGAUGGGGCUUUGAAUGUGGAUGUAACUGAAAACCUGUUUUGGAAUGUGUUUUUAAUCAUCAGCCUCCAACAGUGGUUCCUGGUGGUGAUCUUCCAAAGGUGCAGAGAGUUGUUUAUGAUUUCCAAGUCUACAAGUGUGGCUGAGGUUCUCUCACAUUGGCCAUAACUUUCUACAAUUUGACUGUAGUUUGUGUUUAAUAGGCAUGUCAUUCGUAUCACUGCUGAUGAUGAGUCCCUAGAAAUUGCAUGGUAACUCAUUGCAUUUAUAUCCUUUAGCAUUCAAGAUUCUUGUAGUUGUAUAAUUGAUAUACACGAUGGAUUUUUAUAUUCAUGU